CUUACUAAUCUUGGAAGAACAGAUAAUAUAUAUUUUACAUACAAAGAAAAACCCAAACGUGUUAGAUUGUAGGCCGUAGUGUAUAUAAUAUGCAAAGAUAUGCGUCACGAAAUUUAUUUUUUUGAUUUCUCAUUUGUUCAAGGGAAGACAUAUAAAUUACAAUUUUUAUCACAUCAUGAAAUAAAAAGAAAAAAUUUCAAUGCGAAUGAAAGUAAAGGAGUGAACCUUUUCAACGAGGAAGUCCGAUCCAGCGAAGAUGGCGGGAGGUCCGUCAAUGGUAGAAAUACCCGCAUUUCCUUUACCUCAGCCGACUGAAAUAGUGUGUCCGGCAGAAUACAUGAAGCAUAAAACGGCUUGCUUCAAGUUUGGCUCACACAGUAGUUAUGAAACGGCAAAAACUGCAUGUGAAAAUGUCGGAGCGCGACUGGCAGAUAUUGAACCUGUUUUUAGCAAAUAUGUUCGAGACAAAGUCCGGACGAUGGGUGGAAAUGAUUUCUGGAUUGGGUCAUUUAUAAAUCGAGGCAGAACGUACAAACAAAAAGGACGAACAUCAUGUCCCAUUAUGCGUGGUCAAAUGAUUAACGACGCUCUGUAUGGAUUAGUUGAUUGCAACUCCGCAAACAGAUAUAUUUGUCAGAAAUAUGGACCGGUACCUCAAACUAAUUUGUUGGGAAUGGGACCUUUGGGGCCAGGUGGUCAACGUCCAGGAUUACCGACCACCGCCAAACCAACCACAACCACCGAAGAAAUAGCAGACGCAUCAGGAGGUGGACUUUCACCAGUAAUUUAUGUUGUCAUCACUGCUGUAAUACUCAUCAUUGGCAUGAUUGUUCUGAAACUUUUAAUCGGACGAUAUUUUAGAGACAAGAAAAAAGCAAAAGCUGAGAGUAAAAAGGGAAUAUCAAAAAAGAAGGUUCCGGAACAAAAUACAAAUGGAAAAAUCUUUUACCCGAAAUGGAGAACUAAAUCAAUAUCAAAGACAACAUCUGUAGAUAGUGCUGUGCCCCCUUCUAAUCCAUCCCCAUUGUCAGAAAAGAAGUACAGCCAAACACCGAAGCAAAGGCAUAAACCACCACACGGAGAGGCUGAAAAUGAAAUGGAUCGAAUAGGAAGACCUCGCGUAAAUGGGCCACCACCAACGAGAAAGCCGCCACAUAUGAACGGUGAUAUUUUGGACGGUUACCAUGGACGAACAAUUGAUAAAAGUAUUUAUGACAGAGAUCGUCGUCAUAAAAAGCAUCGUCGUACACAUUCUGAUCCAAGAUCGGAUUAUGGUGCUUCGCAAUAUGGAAGGCGUCAUUCAAAGCGACGUUAUUCUCAUUAUUCAGAAUAUUCUCAAUCUACCUCAGACAGCUAUUCCGAUGAUUCAACCUACUCUGGUCCGAUCUAUGGACCCACGAAAGUGUAUCAAAGACAUCCGUCCCGGAAUCAGGGAGCAAGGGAACCUAUGCAUUAUCACAUUGACCCUGCUUACUACCGUGGCUUCUCAAAGAGACAUAGCCACGACUACCACCAACGGCGACAUCGUAGCAGACAUAAAAGUUAUGGACACUCGAAUCACGGAAAUUUAUAUCAUUUUGAUGGUCAUAGAAGCCAUAGUCGCCAUAUUUCUCAUAAAGAAAGUCGUUACGGUAACUAUGGAAAAGGCCAUCACAUUUACAAUGACAAGGGGCGAUCUCAAAUACCCAGUGUGAGCGCAAACGUUUAUGACAAACAACAACCUGAGAGGCAGUAUUUCCCACAGCCGCACAGGCUAAUGUCAUGGACUUCGCCAGCUGAACUUAAAGAGCUUAACAAUCAGUCGGACGAAGCCUUAGUACAAGAUACUUUGAGGAGUUUUCCAAAAGAGCCUAUUCGCGUAAGCAGGCAAAUCCAUCAGAAUCAGAAAAAUACAAAAACUGGAAGCAAAUCAAAGAAACCAAGGAAAUCGAAGUCUAAGCACGAUGAUGACGAUCACUUUUAUGAAAUCUUGGAUGAAAAGAAACGAAAUAAACAAGCAAAAAAGUCAUCACAUCGAAACAAAAAUCGGAAGAAAUCUGAAGAACGGAACUUUGCAAGAGCUUCUCAAUCUCGUUUAAGUAUGAGGUCCGUUGCUUCAAUCCAAAGCAGGCGACUUCCAACUCCUCCGAUAUAGAUUGUGAAGUCUUUUUCAAUAUUCUGCAGUUUCAACCGGUCACGAUUUCAUCACUCAGGCAAAGCAACUCAUUUCAUUGAUAAAACUAUCACACGAUGUUGGGAGAAUAUUGAAAUGAUCUUACCAGAAGAUUAUCUCGGACAGUUUGUUUUUACCUUAGGGCUUAGGCUGAUAUAAGUGAUUGAUGUCUGAAAAUAUUUUCAGGGAAAAGCAAGUUAAUAUGUUAGCCAAUGGCAAUCAUGGUAUCUCUAUGUCUGGGUGACUGAGACAAAUGUUUAAAAAGACAAAACGUUUGAAAUGUUGAAUACUAAAUGUUUAAAAUGAUUGAAAAUGAUAUUACAAUAUCUAUCUUUUAUUUUGGAGCAUAUGUCUAUAUGCGACAUGACAAAUGUAUAUCAUAAAGUGUUGACUGGAAAGUUACGAAAAAUAUAUAGAUUUUGAAAAAAAUCUGAACUACCGGACACCGCUUGUUUUCCGGUCAAUGAAAAUGUAUAUAUUUUUAAACUAGUAUGAAUUUCAAUUUUGACACAAUUGAAACGAACGAAC